AUGGGUCACAAGUCGCAAGGUAACGGGAACCGGCAGAUCGAGUCCGACGAGUAUUCGCUGGCAACGAAGCGCGACUCGAGCGCCCUCGGGCACAAGUCUCGCACCGUCGCUGAACGCAGUUACACGCAUAAAAUCCAACGAGAACGGCUCUUGUCUGGAUUUCUGCUUGCCCAAGUUCUUUUCGGAUGCUUUCUGAUUGUGUGGUCUUGCUGGUAUCUUACAAGCGGCAGCUCGUUUCCCGCAACUCGGUAUUAUUACUUGGAUGCAUCCAAGAUCUACACGCUCAGCUACUUCGAACCGUUAACGCACCGACCUUUUUUGAUAGCGGCCAUCAAUGGUGGAUAUCCGCUGGUGAAUAACAUCAUCCGUCUAGUCACUGGAUGCAUGAUUGUGCUGGCUGCACUGCUAUGGAUCGUUCUUUUUUAUCACUUUCGGCACGGGCAUGCUUUCUUCUGGCUGACUCAGUUGGGCAUAACAGGUGCUGCAGCGGCUUCCGCCGGGCUCGAUUUUCAUUCCACAGUAGAAGCGUACCGAAUCUGCAGUCGAAGCAGUGCACAGGCACGAUGCGACGGCUCGCCUUCGAGUAUCGGCUCAUUCUCGCUCUCGGAAAUGUAUUGCGAAUGUGGAACCCAGGGAUACUAUUGGGCGCUGUCUGCCGUUGAUGCGAUCGUUUUCUUCUCUGCAUUGCUGUCGCUUGUGGCGGCCAUAUCGGCAAUGGUAGCGCUUCGUAGACGGGAGCGGGGGAACAGACCACCCACGCCCGCAUCAGUUGGGUGGUAG